AGUGCUGAUCGCUCGUGCCGGUGCGGCCGUUAACCGCCCUAGCGGGAGCCCGAACCUCAGCAGCAGCCCCCUCCCCUCUCUGGGCUUCCCCCGACCCCCUUCCCGGUCGGCCCCGGGGCAUGAGCAGCGAUGGCUGGCUGCAGCCCUGAGGAGAAAACUUACCGGCGUUUUCUGGAGCUAUUCCUGGGCGAGUUUCGCGGACCGUGCGGCGGCGGCGAGCCGGAGCCGGAACCCGAACCCGAGUCGGAGCCGGAGCCUGAACUGGUAGCCGCUGAGGCGGCCGAAGCUUCGGUCGAGGAACCGGGGGACGAGGCGGCCGCGGUAGCCGCGACGGAGGAGGGGGAACCGGAGCAAGACCCAGAGCCUGAGGAGGAGGCGGUGGAGGAAGAGGCGGCGGCGGCGGGUGAGGGCGAGGAGGAGGCGGCGGCAGCCGCGGCCCCGGGGCACUCGGCCGUGCGGCCGCCGCCGCAGCCCCCGCUGCCGCCGCUGCCCCCGCUGCCGCGGCAGCUGUCUGAGCGCAUCACCCGCGAGGAGGUGGAGGGCGAGAGCCUGGACCUGUGCCUGCAGCAGCUCUACAAAUAUAACUGCCCUUCCUUUUUGGCCGCUGCUUUAGCCCGAGCCACAUCAGAUGAAGUUCUUCAGAGUGACCUUUCUGCACAUUAUAUCCCAAAGGAGACAGAUGGUGCAGAAGGGACUGUGGAGAUUGAGACAGUGAAAUUGGCCCGUUCUGUCUUCAGCAAACUACACGAGAUUUGCUGCAGCUGGGUGAAAGACUUCCCUCUCCGCAGGAGACCCCAGCUUUAUUAUGAGACAUCAAUCCAUGCCAUCAAAAACAUGCGCAGGAAAAUGGAGGACAAACAUGUCUGCAUUCCUGACUUUAAUAUGCUCUUCAACCUAGAGGACCAGGAAGAACAAGCUUACUUUGCAGUGUUUGAUGGCCAUGGGGGAGUAGAUGCUGCCAUUUAUGCCUCCAUUCACCUACACGUUAACUUAGUUCGCCAGGAGAUGUUCCCCCAUGAUCCUGCUGAGGCCCUGUGCCGGGCCUUCCGGGUCACUGAUGAGCGGUUUGUACAGAAAGCGGCCAGGGAGAGCUUAAGAUGUGGGACCACAGGAGUGGUGACUUUUAUCAGAGGUAACAUGCUACACGUGGCCUGGGUGGGUGACUCCCAGGUUAUGCUUGUGAGAAAGGGCCAAGCUGUUGAACUAAUGAAGCCACAUAAACCAGACAGAGAGGAUGAAAAGCAGCGAAUUGAGGCCCUUGGAGGUUGUGUAGUAUGGUUUGGUGCCUGGAGGGUAAAUGGAAGUCUGUCCGUAUCCAGAGCUAUUGGAGAUGCUGAACAUAAGCCAUAUAUAUGUGGGGAUGCUGAUUCUGCCUCUACUGUUUUGGAUGGGACCGAAGACUACCUCAUUCUGGCCUGUGAUGGCUUCUAUGACACUGUGAAUCCCGAUGAGGCAGUGAAAGUUGUGUCCGACCACUUGAAAGAGAAUAACGGAGACAGCAGCAUGGUUGCCCACAAGUUAGUGGCAUCAGCUCGUGAUGCUGGGUCAAGUGAUAACAUCACUGUUAUUGUGGUAUUCCUGAGGGACAUGAACAAAGCGGUAAAUGUUAGUGAGGAAUCAGAUUGGACAGAGAACUCUUUUCAAGGAGGGCAAGAAGAUGGUGGGGAUGAUAAGGAGAAUCAUGGAGAAUGCAAACGCCCUUGGCCUCAGCACCAGUGCUCAGCACCAGCAGAUCUAGGCUAUGAUGGGCGUGUGGAUUCAUUCACUGAUAGAACCAGCCUGAGCCCAGGGUCCCAAAUCAACGUGCUGGAAGAUCCAGGCUACCUAGAUCUCACACAGAUAGAAGCAAGCAAACCUCGCAGUGCCCAGUUUUUGCCACCAGUUGAGAUGUUCUGUCCUGGUGUACCAAAGGAAGCAAAUGUUAAUCAUGAGCUAAUGAUGGAGAAAAAAUCAGUUCAUUCAUCAUUGCCUGAAUGGAGUGGUGCUGGAGUGUUUCCCGCUUCUUUUAAUUUGGGCUCAACAGGGCAGCAGAUAAAUAGAAUGGAGAGCUUUUCUCCUAUCUGUUCUGGGUUUGAAAGUGAACAAUUCAAAUCCCCAAGAAAAAGAGUCUCUAGAUUGUAUCGUUCACACCACCACUACCCAAAGAGGCAGCAUGGAUUCAGGUUUAUUACAAAGUUUUAUUCAUUUCUCUCUGCUCGAGAGCCUUCCCAUAAAAUAGGCUCUAGCCUGUCCUCACUUAUUCGAAGUGGGAAGAAAAAUAGGGUGUUAAGAAGUUCUCUGCCAUGGAGGCAAAACAGUUGGAAAAGGCACAGUGAAAACACGAUGAGGAAGGUUGAAAAGAAUACCGAUAUUCCAUACCCCGAUCUUUCCUGGAGCCAUAAAAUGUAAUUCUUCUUUAAAGUAGGCUAGCUAGUGCUCCCCCACCACUAGAAACACCACUAUCAGAAUAGAAACAAAAUAGGCAUUUCUAAAACAUACAUGCUUCAUUAUGAAUUGAUGGAUGGCUCAAUUCUUAAGUGUAAAUAGAUCUCUAAGACACUAAAAGGUACAGUAUUUUCAAUCUAGCAAAAAGUAUUGGCAGUUUCACUUAGCAAAAUGAUACAACUGGUCUCUGUGUUGUGCCUCCACACCUACAUGCAGCCCCUCCCACCACCUCUUCACGUCACUAGUGGAAGCUUGGGAGUUAGUUGUUUCAGUCAAGAUAUAUAAUGUUGAAAUCUCAAUGCAGUUGAAUCUGGUCUGAUGUGCCUAAUAUUUUAUCUGUGGAAAACUUAAUGCAGAAUUAUAUUUAGUUGGGAAAUGUCCCUCAAAAUCCUGGGGACCAUGAAGAAAACAUUUGCCCACUUUAAGUAGGUGAAAGACUAAAAGCCAUAUGAGUUUUACUGGUAAUGAAGUAGAAAACCUGUGUAAACAUGUCACAUUCUCAGACUCACAAGGCCGUAUAUAGUCAAAAAGAUUGAUUUUUUUUUUUUCCGGUAACAUAAAAAGAUUUAACUAUGAGCAUUUUUUGAAUUGAAAAAUAUUUCCUAGGGCUGUAGUUAUGUGGGAGUUUCAUAAUCAGUUAUGGUGCUUUUGGUGGAAUUUUUAUUAUUUAUCAUUUUAGGAGACUGCUAUCAGCUGGUUUCAAUCUAUAGUAUUAUGUUUUUCACUGUACCUUCAUCUCAGGAAUAAGACUGGUUUAAUGGAGAUGAUUUCAGGUACAAAUAUACUAGAAUCAAACUGUCAUUUAAAAAGAAAGCCAAAUAGCAUUUCCCAAUUUUUUGCCUUUUAGAAAAAAAAAGAAGUUCCCAGGCAGCAAAGAAAUGCACUACUAUAGAGCAGAAAGUGCUUUUGGACAAGGAAAAAUUCUAGAUGUAACUUUUCUAGUUAUUUCCCCUAAGGGAAUGAAGUAAUCGUAUGAGGAAGGCUGAAAGUUCUGCCCUACAGUGAGCCCAGAGGCCAAGUGCAAGGAAGAACAUGGGUGAGGAAGCCAGGUCUGGGAAGCUGUAACUGCAGCGUGUGCCAGAUCUCCUGCCACUGCAGCUUCAGAUGCACAGGGAUGUGUGCUCAUUUCAACACUGAGUUACUUUUCAUUUUCUUUAAUCAUCCACUUUUUGCCAUUUCUACAGUUUCAGUCCAAACGCUUACCUUUAACUGUAAAGGCAACAAAAACAAAACAAUACAAAAAAAAAACCCUAAUUAUUAAUUCAUUCCAUGAAGCAGCCUUUGAUUCUCCAUGCAACCCUCUCCUAGUCACAAGGAACAGCCAUGGCAACAGACAGGAGUAGCCCUGCUGUAGCAAUCAGUUUUUAUGUUAGAAUGCACUAAAUGUUCUUGCUGAGAAAUGUCCACUGCAUAAUCAUGUUUUUGCACAACAUAAGUACUUUAUACUCCAUUCCCUAGACCCAUAACGGAAGACUAAAAUUCCUAAAUUUUAAAGACAAAGAUAAUGGUAGAAUAUGUCAGGUGCGUAUAGCUAUAUAAAAUAAAUUUUUAAAAAUAGCAUCACUUUAGCAGUGAUCUGAUUAUUAUUCUACAGAUUUUAUUUCUUAAAAUGUGGGUGAAAGUAGAGAUUUUCAGUAUUCUUGAUUUUGAAGUCAUAUCUUCUUUUCUCAAGUCUUGUGACAC